AUGAGCUGGAGCUUUCUCACUCGUCUCCUAGAAGAGAUCCACAACCACUCCACUUUCGUAGGGAAAGUGUGGCUGACGGUUCUCAUCAUCUUCCGCAUCGUGCUCACAGCAGUCGGGGGCGAGUCCAUCUACUCGGACGAGCAGAGCAAGUUUAUCUGCAACACCAAACAGCCUGGCUGUGACAACGUGUGCUAUGACGCCUUCGCUCCCCUCUCGCAUGUCCGCUUCUGGGUCUUCCAGAUCAUCAUGAUCUCCACCCCCUCCAUCAUGUACCUGGGCUACGCCAUCCACAAAAUAGCCCGCACCUCGGAGGUGGAGCACCAGAAGCACCACCGGCUCCGUAGGAAGCCACCUCACACUCGAUGGAGAGAGAGCCAUGCUAUGGAGCAUGUCUUAGAGGAAAAUGAGGAUGAUGAUGCUGAACCAAUGAUCUAUGAGGAUACACUGGAGGUGCAGGUGGCAAAACCUGAGCCGGUACCCAGCCAGGAAACGCAGAAACACGAUGGACGGCGAAAAAUUAUGCAAGAGGGACUUAUGAGGAUCUAUGUCCUUCAGCUCAUGUCCAGAGCCAUCUUUGAAAUCGGCUUCCUCGCAGGCCAAUAUCUCCUGUAUGGUUUUCGUGUCAACCCCUCAUAUGUCUGCGACAGGGUCCCCUGUCCCCAUCGAGUGGACUGCUUCAUCUCUAGGCCCACGGAGAAAACGAUAUUCCUUCUUAUCAUGUAUGUAGUCAGCUGCCUCUGUCUACUCCUGAAUGUGUGCGAGAUGCUUCACUUAGGUAUCGGUACUUUUCGGGACACCCUUCGCCAUAAGAGGAGCAGGAGCCGGCGGACAUCAUAUGGCUUCCCAUUUUCUCGUAACAUUCCAGGAUCCCCUCCAGGGUACAACCUUGUCAUGAAGUCAGACAAGCCCAACAGAAUUCCCAACAGCCUCAUCACACAUGAGCAGAACAUGACCAAUGUGGCUCAGGAGCAACAGUGCACCAGCCCAGAUGAGAACAUCCCCUCUGACCUGGCCAGCCUGCACCGUCACUUACGUGUUGCCCAAGAGCAGCUUGAUAUGGCAUUUCAAACGUACAAUACCAAAAACAACCAGCCAACCUCCAGAACCAGUAGUCCUGUGUCUGGGGGCACAAUGGCAGAGCAAAACCGUGUCAACUCGGUCCAGGAAAAACAAGGAGCACGGCCUAAAUUGGCCAUGGAAAAAGCUGGGACCAUUGUAAAAAAUGGAAAGACCUCUGUCUGGAUCUAG